UUUUGUAUUUUGAAGCACAGUCACAUUGUUGCAAAUUUUUCGCUUGUUUUUAUUAAAAUAGUAGCCAAUAAGAAAAUAAUAAAAGCAUUGGAUAAAAAUAGAGCUGCACCAACAUGUCCUUUCACUUAAGCACAAAGGAUCGCCUGCUUCAAUUAAUUGACGACAUGGAAAUGAUAUCAAAAGAACUAAUCGACCAAGCCCAUCAGAAAAUCUCGACCACCGAACUUGUGGAUUUGCUGGAACUACUAGUUUCCAAAGACGAGGAAAUGAGAAGAACGUUUGAGCUGGCCGAGGAGCAAGCUAAAGUCGAGGAUGCAACCGAUAAACUACUGGCCAAAGUCGAAGUUCACGACCGGGAAAUUCAAAAGCUACAAAAAUCUCUCAAGGAUGCCGAAUUGAUAUUGUCUACAGCAAUAUUUCAAGCACGACAAAAGUUAGCCAGCAUUAAUCAAGCCAACAGGCGACCAGUCUCAUCAGAGGAACUCAUAAAAUACGCACACCGCAUUAGCUCUGCGAAUGCUGUUAGUGCUCCUCUGACUUGGUGCAUUGGCGACCUUCGACGGCCAUAUCCCACAGACAUUGAGAUGCGCAACGGCCUUUUGGGCAAAUCAGAGCAGAAUAUCAAUGGAGGCAUUGUGACACACCAGAACAGUGCUAUUCAAUCGGAUACCCAACGUAGCUUAAGCGGCGCAAGCAGCGCAGGUGGAGGCGAAGUACCCAAUGCAUUUCAAAAUCAAUUCAGUUGGAAUCUUGGUGAAUUGCACAUGAUGGGCGCUUCGGGCAAUUCGGUGGCCCUCGAAACACGCGCCCACAAAGAAUCCUCAGCGCCCGAUGAUGUCGAAGUCAUGUCCACCGACAGUUCAAGCUCCAGUUCGAGUGAUUCGCAGUAGAGUUAUUUUUGUUUGAAAUUCCGGCGCCAAUAGCAUAAGCAAAUAAUUAUACAAUAUAGUCUGUAAAAUAUAUUUAAUUAAAAAACGAAGUAGGGCAAA